AUUGUGUAUAUGGGAGAUAGACCUUCGGGAGUAGAAUCGCCCCUCUCAUCGUUACACCAUGUCAUGCUAGAAAAAGUGCUUGGCAGCAAAGAGGCAGCGACAGAUGCUCUUGUUUACAGUUAUGGGAAAAGUUUCAAUGCUUUUGCAGCUAGGCUUUCUGAGGAUGAGGCUCAAACAUUAUCAGAAAUGGAUGGUGUGGUUUCGGUGUUCCCUGAUACCGUGGUUCAGCUUCACACAACAAGGUCAUGGGAUUUCAUGGGCUACCCCCAAUCUCAUAGUGGUUACUAUCCAACAGACAGCGAUGUAGUAAUCGGAAUGAUUGAUACAGGUAUUUGGCCCGAGUCGAAGAGCUUUAGCGACGAGGGUUUCGCCCCUCCACCCGAAAGGUUUAAAGGCAUAUGCCAAUCAUUGGAGAACUUCACUUGCACCAAUAAAAUAAUUGGAGCACGGUACUACAACUCCUAUAACUCCUACACCCCUGUGGAUUACAAGUCAGCUCGUGACAGUGUUGGCCAUGGCACCCACACUUCCUCCAUUGCAGCCGGUCUCAGUGUUGCGAAUGCUUCAUAUUAUGGCUUGGCUCAAGGUACUGCUCGUGGCGGUGCACCUGGUGCUAGGAUUGCAGUGUACAAAGUUUGCUGGUCAUGGGCCUGGUAUUUAGGGUGCCCCACAGUCGACAUUUUAGCAGCAUUUGAAGAUGCAAUUGCUGAUGGGGUUGAUAUUAUUUCGAUUUCGAUGAAUUAUUUGUUCCCUACGGAUUACUUUGAGGAUGUGAUCGCCAUCGGGUCAUUUCAUGCUAUGAAGAAGGGCAUUUUAACGUCGAAUUCAGCAGGAAAUUUGGGACCUGGUCCAAUGACUGUGAAUAGUGUUGCACCAUGGGCUUUGAGUGUGGCUGCGAGCACGAUCGACCGGAGGUUUGCCACUCAAGUGGUUCUUGGGAAUGGCUUGGUGUUCACUGGAAACUCCGUGAAUUCAUUUACAAUGAACGGCACUACAUUCCCUUUGAUAUAUGGAGGAGAUGCCGUGAACGUAUCCGCUGGUAGUGCCAGAGACUUUUCUGGGUAUUGCUUGCCGGAUACCUUGAAUGCCAACAAAGUAAGUGGGAAGAUUGUGCUGUGUGAUCUGUUGAGUGACACAUCUGGUGUUCUAAUCGCUGGAGGGGUGGGAACCAUCAUGACCCAACGACAAUACAGACCUGACGAGGCCUUCAACUUCCCAAUCCCUGCAACUGCUGUCCGUAUCGAUGAUGCUUCAGAAAUUCUCGACUACAUCCAAUCAUCUGAGAAUCCUACUGCAACUAUAUUAUAUAGCAACACAUGGAAGGACAUUGCAGCUCCAGUGGUUACCUCAUUUUCUGCAAGAGGACCGAAUUCCAUUUCUCCAGACAUUCUAAAGCCAGACAUUACUGCUCCUGGAAAUGACAUAUUGGGGGCAUGGGCACCUGUGGUCCCUGCAACCGUAUAUUGGGAUGACUAUAGACCCGUGGACUACAAUGUGAUCUCUGGGACCUCAAUGUCUUGCCCUCAUGCUAGUGGUGCUGCAGCCUAUGUGAAAUCCUUCCACCCGUCAUGGUCUGGUUCGGCUGUUAAAUCUGCCCUCAUGACAACAGCUUUGAGGAUGGAUCCUAUCAGACAUGAGGAUGCUGAAUUUGCCUACGGUGCUGGUCAUAUCAAUCCAGUUAGGGCGAAAGAUCCGGGUUUGGUCUAUGAUGCUGGUGAGAAGGACUUUGUUGAAUUCCUUUGCAGCCAAGGAUACAAUUUGACACUAAUCAGGCUCAUUAGUGGGGAUAAUACUACAUCUUGCCCUGACAUUAGCCAGGGGAAAGCAUGGGACUUGAAUUAUCCAUCUAUGACUCUAAGAAUUGAAGAUGGAAAACCAGUAUAUGGUUAUUUCACUAGGACAGUUACAAAUGUUGGCCUUCCAAAUACAACUUAUUAUUCAUAUGUGAGUGCUCCAUCCAAGAUUAAAAUCUCAAUAGAGCCAAGCAUCCUUUCCUUUACAAAUGUGGGGGAAAAGAAGUCAUUUGUUGUGAAGGUGAAUGGAGGAAUACUUUCCCAACAUCCCAUAAUAUCAAGUUUCAUAACUUGGAAAGACCAAAAGGGCUUAUAUGAGGUCAGAAGCCCCCUAAUAGUGUACACCUCCAUUCCCACCCCUCAGGCUUCAAUUUACUCCAACCAUCAAAUAUUGGGCACAAAGAAGAAACAAGAGAAAAAACAAGAAGAAUUUUCAAAAAGAGGAGGAAUGCAUAGAUUUCCAAGUCCCAUUGAUUUCGAUCCAUUUUCAAGGGCACACCAUUUUUAG